AUGGAUACGGCGGCGGCGGCGGCGGCGGCGCUGCCCGCCUGGGUGGCGUUCCUGCUCCUGUCCCCGUGGCCUCUGCUGGGGGCGGCCCGCGGCCAGUUCUCCGCAGGUGGCUGUACUUUCGAUGAUGGUCCCGGGGCCUGUGAUUACCACCAGGAUCUAUACGAUGACUUCGAAUGGGUGCAUGUUAGUGCCCAAGAACCUCACUAUCUGCCACCUGACAUGCCUCAAGGUUCCUAUAUGAUAGUGGACUCUUCAGACCACGACCCUGGAGAAAAAGCCAGACUUCAGCUGCCUACAAUGAAGGAGAACGACACUCACUGCAUUGAUUUCAGUUACCUGUUAUAUAGCCAGAAAGGGCUGAACCCUGGCACUUUGAACAUCCUAGUGAGGGUGAACAAGGGACCUCUUGCCAAUCCAAUUUGGAAUGUGACUGGAUUCACGGGGAGAGAUUGGCUUCGGGCUGAGCUAGCUGUGAGCACCUUUUGGCCCAAUGAGUAUCAGGUAAUAUUUGAAGCUGAAGUCUCAGGAGGGAGGAGUGGUUAUAUUGCCAUUGAUGACAUCCAAGUAUUGAGCUAUCCUUGUGAUAAAUCUCCUCAUUUCCUCCGUCUGGGGGAUGUAGAAGUCAAUGCAGGACAGAACGCUACGUUUCAGUGUAUUGCUACAGGGCGAGAUGCUGUGCGUAAUAAGCUGUGGCUGCAGAGACGAAAUGGAGAAGAUAUACCAGUAGCCCAGACUAAGAACAUCAAUCACAGACGAUUUGCUGCUUCCUUUAGAUUGCAAGAAGUGACGAAAACCGACCAGGAUUUGUACCGCUGCGUAACUCAGUCUGAACUAGGUUCUGGUGUGUCCAACUUUGCUCAACUUAUUGUGAGAGAACCGCCAAGACCCAUUGCUCCUCCCCAGUUGCUUGGUGUUGGGCCUACCUAUUUGCUGAUCCAGUUAAACGCCAACUCCAUCAUUGGCGAUGGCCCCAUUAUCCUGAAGGAAGUGGAGUACAGGAUGACAUCAGGUUCCUGGACCGAAACCCAUGCAGUCAAUGCUCCAACCUAUAAGUUGUGGCAUUUGGAUCCAGACACCGAAUAUGAGAUCCGUGUUCUACUUACCAGACCUGGGGAAGGUGGGACUGGGCUCCCUGGACCUCCACUGAUCACCAGAACCAAAUGUGCAGAACCUAUGCGAACCCCAAAGACUUUAAAAAUUGCUGAGAUCCAGGCAAGGCGCAUCGCUGUGGACUGGGAAUCCUUGGGUUACAACAUAACCCGUUGCCACACUUUUAAUGUCACUAUCUGCUACCAUUACUUCCGUGGUCAUAACGAGAGCAAGGCGGACUGCUUGGACAUGGACCCCAAAGCCCCUCAGCAUGUUGUGAACCAUCUGCCACCUUAUACAAAUGUCAGCCUCAAGAUGAUCCUCACCAACCCCGAAGGCAGGAAGGAGAGUGAAGAGACAAUUAUUCAAACUGAUGAAGAUGUGCCUGGUCCUGUACCUGCCAAUUCUCUUCAAGGAACAUCCUUUGAAAAUAAGAUUUUCUUGAACUGGAAAGAGCCGAUAGAUCCAAAUGGAGUCAUCACCCAAUAUGAGGUUAGCUACAGCAGCAUAAGAUCUUUUGAUCCUGCAGUUCCAGUGGCUGGACCUCCACAGACUGUAUCAAAUUUAUGGAACAGCACACACCAUGUCUUUAUGCAUCUCCAUCCUGGAACCACAUACCAGUUCUUCAUAAAAGCCAGCACUGUCAAAGGCUUCGGGCCAGCCACAGCCAUCAAUGUGACAACCAAUAUCUCAGCUCCAACUUUGCCUGACUAUGAAGGAGUUGAUGCCUCUCUCAAUGAAACUGCCACCACAAUAACUGUAUUGUUGAGACCAGCACAGGCCAAAGGUGCCCCUAUCAGUGCUUACCAGAUUGUGGUGGAGGAGCUGCACCCGCACCGGACGAAGCGAGAGGCGGGAGCGAUGGAGUGCUACCAGGUCCCUGUCACCUACCAGAACGCCCUGAGCGGGGGUGCGCCCUACUACUUUGCCGCCGAGCUGCCCCCCGGGAACCUGCCUGAGCCUGCCCCCUUCACCGUGGGGGACAACAGGACUUACCAGGGCUUUUGGAACCCCCCUCUGGCACCACGCAAGGGGUACAACAUCUAUUUCCAGGCAAUGAGCAGUGUCGAGAAGGAAACUAAAACCCAGUGUGUACGAAUUGCUACAAAAGCAGCAGCAACAGAAGAACCAGAAGUGAUUCCAGACCCAGCAAAGCAAACAGACAGAGUGGUGAAAAUAGCAGGAAUUAGCGCUGGAAUUUUGGUGUUCAUCCUCCUCCUCCUAGUUGUCGUAUUAAUCGUAAAAAAGAGCAAGCUCGCUAAGAAGCGCAAGGAUGCUAUGGGGAACACCCGGCAGGAGAUGACUCACAUGGUGAAUGCUAUGGACCGAAGCUAUGCAGAUCAGAGCACUCUGCAUGCGGAAGAUCCUCUUUCCAUCACCUUCAUGGACCAACAUAAUUUUAGUCCAAGAUAUGAGAACCACAGUGCUACAGCAGAGUCCAGUCGCCUUCUUGAUGUACCUCGCUACCUGUGUGAGGGGACAGAAUCCCCUUACCAGACGGGACAGCUGCACCCAGCCAUCAGGGUGGCCGAUUUACUGCAGCACAUUAAUCUCAUGAAGACAUCAGACAGCUAUGGGUUCAAAGAGGAAUAUGAGAGCUUCUUUGAAGGACAGUCAGCAUCUUGGGAUGUAGCAAAAAAAGACCAAAAUAGAGCAAAAAACCGAUAUGGAAACAUUAUAGCAUACGACCACUCCAGAGUAAUUUUGCAACCUGUCGAGGAUGAUCCUUCUUCAGACUACAUUAAUGCCAACUAUAUAGACAUUUGGCUGUACAGGGAUGGCUACCAGAGACCAAGCCACUACAUUGCAACUCAAGGCCCAGUUCAUGAAACAGUGUAUGAUUUCUGGAGGAUGAUCUGGCAAGAACAGUCUGUCUGCAUUGUGAUGGUUACAAAUCUAGUUGAGGUUGGCCGGGUUAAGUGCUAUAAGUAUUGGCCUGAUGAUACAGAAGUUUAUGGUGACUUCAAAGUAACUUGUGUAGAAAUGGAACCACUUGCUGAAUAUGUAGUUAGGACUUUCACCCUAGAAAGGAGGGGAUACAAUGAGAUUCGGGAAGUUAAGCAGUUCCAUUUUACCGGCUGGCCUGACCAUGGAGUGCCCUACCACGCAACAGGGCUGCUUUCCUUUAUCCGGCGAGUCAAGUUCUCCAACCCUCCCAGCGCUGGCCCCAUCGUGGUGCAUUGCAGUGCUGGUGCUGGCCGAACUGGCUGUUACAUUGUGAUUGAUAUCAUGCUGGACAUGGCUGAAAGGGAGGGCGUGGUUGACAUCUACAACUGUGUCAAAGCCUUAAGAUCUCGUCGAAUCAAUAUGGUCCAGACAGAGGAACAGUACAUUUUUAUUCAUGAUGCCAUUUUAGAAGCCUGCUUAUGUGGAGAAACUGCCAUACCCGUCUGUGAAUUUAAAGCUGCAUAUUUUGAUAUGAUUAGGAUAGAUUCCCAGACUAAUUCUUCACAUCUCAAAGACGAAUUCCAGACCUUGAAUUCAGUCACCCCUCGACUACAAGCUGAAGACUGCAGCAUAGCAUGCCUGCCAAGGAACCAUGACAAGAACCGUUUCAUGGACAUGCUGCCACCUGACAGAUGUCUGCCUUUUCUCAUUACAAUUGAUGGGGAGAGUAGUAACUACAUCAAUGCUGCUCUUAUGGAUAGCUACAGGCAACCAGCUGCUUUCAUCGUCACACAAUACCCUCUGCCAAAUACUGUGAAGGACUUCUGGAGAUUAGUCUAUGACUAUGGCUGUACUUCUAUUGUGAUGUUAAAUGAAGUCGACUUGUCCCAGGGCUGCCCUCAGUACUGGCCAGAAGAAGGGAUGCUGCGCUAUGGCCCUAUCCAAGUGGAAUGUAUGUCUUGUUCAAUGGAUUGUGAUGUGAUAAACCGGAUUUUUAGGAUAUGCAAUCUAACAAGACCACAGGAAGGAUAUCUGAUGGUGCAGCAGUUUCAGUAUCUAGGGUGGGCUUCUCAUCGAGAAGUGCCAGGCUCCAAGCGAUCGUUUUUGAAACUGAUCCUGCAGGUGGAAAAAUGGCAGGAGGAAUGUGAGGAAGGGGAAGGUCGGACGAUCAUCCACUGCCUGAAUGGUGGCGGGCGAAGUGGCAUGUUCUGUGCUAUAGGCAUUGUUGUUGAAAUGGUGAAACGGCAGAAUGUGGUCGAUGUGUUCCAUGCGGUGAAGACACUAAGGAACAGCAAGCCCAACAUGGUGGAAGCCCCGGAGCAGUACCGUUUCUGCUAUGAUGUGGCUUUGGAGUACCUGGAAUCCUCUUAG